AUGACUGCGCUGAAGCAAAUCUGCGAGACUCUUGAAUGGAAGACCAGCCAACCCUCGAAGCCAGACGCGAAGCAGCCACCAUCGACUACUGAGGCUCAGAGUGACGAUGCCGCUGGUGACAUGUUCCUAAACAAAUUCACUAUUCUCACGGUCGAGGAAACACAGGAUACCCAGCAGUCUCAGCCGACCUCCGCAGAAUCGAAGAAGAUCGUCAAGGUGAACGUUGUUGAAAAAUGA